AUGGACGGGCUGAUACCUCUUCUCGACCGAUUCAUCACGGACCCGGAUGCCGUGAACAGCGUUUCGUCCGUCAUUCCAGGAAGGAUUUACGUCGUCAAGGGGAGGUCGGAACUUUUCAAGAUGACGGUACGAGAUACAACGAACGGCUUCAAGGCGCUUGCUCGAAAAGGAACUUUAGGACAGGAGGUGUUCAUCAGCACAACCAAAAUGAACCUAGACGACGUAAAGGCAGCGUUAAAUCGUGCGGCGGGCUUCGACUUGGAGAAGGGCGGGUCCCGUCGCGAACAGAAGGCGGGGCGGAAGCGGCGAUAGCACAAGUAGCGGUGGUCAGUUUCGCCCCGCUCCGCGCGCACCAAACGACGCUCGAACGCAUUCAGGGAAGCACUGUUGAAGGGACCAACGCGAGGAGUUGCGAUGACGACAAUAGGUAGCAGCAUAGACGAUAAAUAGCUAGCGUGAGGGCCCCGAGCGGUUGAUCUGAUCCCCGAUAGCUCUGCGAGUUCGCCUGUGACGACCGAGGCACCCCACCAGCCAUGAGCUUCGAAGCUUUUCUCAUCGCACGAUCACCAUCUAGACCAACCAUAUAUGGAUGGUGCAGUAGUUUGCUUACUGCGACCACUCCUUGUCGUUGGCUGCCAGCCCAACGCUACGUAAAGCAUGGUUAGGUGGUGUGUGGCUAGUUCAUAUGCAUUUGUCAAGUCACCGUUCCUAGUAACGCAGCAGCAACCGGGAACCUUAAGAUUGAGAUUGAGACGGUGUGCAACUGUGGGGGAGGGUUGACAUGUUGCCUGGUGAUGGCAAGGUGAUUAGCCCGCACGACUUGCGGCACAUGCCACUGUCCGA